AUUCUUCAUCUGGUUUUUGCCAUGCAUAAGAGAAACAAUCAGUGUUAUGGUGGAUUCCUGGUGUUAUCCCCUGUCUCUGAUUCUGUUCAUUCUUUGUCAAGCAGAUAUUAUUUUAAAUUUCCGAACAACAUAUGUCAGCAAGUCUGGCCAAGUUAUAUUUGAAGCAAGAUCUAUUUGUAUCCACUACGUGACUACCUGGUUUAUCAUUGAUUUAAUUGCUGCACUUCCUUUUGAUCUUCUUUAUGCUUUCAACGUCACUGUGGUUUCCCUUGUCCACCUGCUAAAGACAGUGCGGUUGCUACGCCUCUUGCGUCUCCUUCAGAAGCUGGAUCGUUACUCCCAGCACAGCACAAUCGUUCUCACGCUUCUCAUGUCCAUGUUUGCCUUGCUUGCUCACUGGAUGGCCUGCAUUUGGUAUGUUAUAGGGAAAAGGGAGAUGGAACAGAAUAACCCCCUUACCUGGGACAUAGGUUGGCUUCAUGAGCUAGGAAAACGUAUUGAGUCUCCUUAUUAUGAGAAUAAUACACUAGGAGGCCCGUCAAUCAGAAGUGCCUAUAUAGCUGCCCUAUAUUUCACCCUCAGCAGCCUCACCAGUGUUGGGUUUGGAAAUGUUUCAGCCAAUACCGAUGCUGAAAAGAUCUUCUCCAUUUGCACAAUGCUGAUUGGGGCUCUGAUGCAUGCCUUGGUGUUUGGCAAUGUGACUGCCAUAAUUCAGAGGAUGUACUCCAGAUGGUCCCUUUAUCACACCAGAACCAAGGAUCUGAAGGACUUUAUACGGGUCCAUCACCUGCCACAGCAGCUAAAGCAAAGGAUGCUUGAAUAUUUCCAAACCACAUGGUCUGUCAAUAAUGGAAUUGAUUCCAAUGAGCUUUUAAAAGACUUCCCGGAUGAGCUGCGUUCAGACAUCACCAUGCACUUGAACAAGGAGAUUUUGCAGCUCUCCCUUUUUGAGUGUGCCAGCCGUGGUUGCCUCAGGUCUCUGUCUCUGCAUAUCAAAACCUCCUUCUGUGCUCCUGGGGAAUACCUCCUCCGGCAGGGAGAUGCCCUGCAAGCGAUCUACUUUGUGUGCUCAGGUUCCAUGGAAGUCCUGAAGGACAGCACGGUGCUGGCAAUUCUCGGUAAAGGAGAUUUAAUUGGAGCAAACCUAUCCAUUAGGGAUCAAGUUAUUAAAACAAACGCAGAUGUUAAAGCUCUAACGUACUGUGACCUCCAAUGCAUUAUCCUCAAAGGUCUCUUUGAAGUGCUCGAUCUUUACCCAGAGUAUGCUCACAAGUUUGUUGAAGACAUUCAGCAUGAUCUCACAUACAAUCUAAGAGAAGGCCAUGAAAGUGAUGUAAUAUCAAAAUUAUCAAACAAGUCUACGCUAUCUCAGACAGAGCUCAAGGGAAACGGAAAUAUAAAGAGGAGACUCCCUUCAAUUGUGGAAGAUGAAGAUGAGGAUGAGGAGGGAGAAGAAGAGAGCAGCACCCUUUCACCAAUCCAUACAAGAAGCACAAAUUGUUCUCAGCAGAGGAAGGCUGGAAGCAAUAAAAGCCACCUAGGGAGAAACUUGAAGCAAUUAGCCUCAGGAACGGUGCCCUUUCAUUCACCCAUCCGUGCUUGCAGUUCAAACCCCUCAAGAACCAAACAUGAAACGGAGCUCCAUUACUACUCCAGAAGGAAGGAGAAAAACCUUAAGUUACAUCUUUCGGCAUUGACCACCAGUGGUCCACCUGACCUGAGCCCAAGAAUUGUUGAUGGGAUUGAAGAUGGAAACCAUAAUGAGGAAAGCCAAACCUUUGACUUCAGUUCUGAUCAGCUCAGGCAGGAGUCCAGGUUAUCUCCUACAAUUGGAGAGGCUGAAAUUGGUGCUGCUGUGCUUGUUAUCAAAGCAGAAGAGACCAAACAGCAGAUCAGCAGGCUUAAUGAUGAGGUGACCACUUUAACUCAAGAAGUCUCACAAUUAAGUAAGGAUAUGAAGAACGUGAUGCACCUUCUGGAGAACCUGCUCACAUCCCAGAAGCCUCCAGGGUUCUGUGCUGUGCACGGCAUAUCUCGAAGUCCUACCCUGGAAAGUCUGCAGUCUCGAAUGGCUUGGACUACACAUCAACCUUGGACGCACAUGCAAGGUUGCACCAAAGCACAACUUUGCCACAGCAACACAUUAUGUGACAUUCGGAAUGCAGAUCUGUCCUCUGUAGGCAGCAGUCCCCAAAGAACUGAACCCAACCUGCAAAAUUCUAUGGAUGGUGAAUUUUACUACACACCAGGCCUUCACAAUUCCCCCUCCCAGUAUCAGGUAAUUCAGAAAGACAAUUUGCAAUUUUUAAGAUGCACCUCUCCCCGUUCAGAUGCUACCUUGACUCCUCUUCAGUCUAUUUCAGCAACUCUUUCUUCUUCAGUAUGCUCUUCAUCAGAGACAUCAUUACACCUCGUGCUCCCCAGCAGAUCUGAGGAAGGUAGCUUUAGCCAAGGAGCAAUCAGCUCACUAAGCCUUGAGAACCUGCCGGGAUCAUGGGACCUGGAAGGAACAGCCGGAGUAGUUUCUGCACCGACCCCAGAUUUCCCGAUAGACAUUGUGACAAGCACAAGGGACGUUAAAGAUAAAGACUACCAAGCCAUAGACGCAUAA